AUGAACCGCCUUACACCACAGGCUGAGUCUGAUGCUGGAAGUCAAAACCCGAGGCCAUUCCGACGCCACGCCUGUGACCGGUGUCGCAGUCAGAAGCUUCGAUGUGAUCGUACGGCCCACCKGAUGGAUACGUCAAUCGCGUGCGAUCGCUGCGCCCGAAACAAUUUGGCCUGUGUCACCAGCGCUCCCAUGCCUAUGGGCCGACCGCGCUCCCUGAAUCCCAAACGUCGUUACAGUCGCAAAUCUAGCAAGGCGUCCGAUGAAACGCGAUCCAACGACACUGGGGCUGACUCUUCGACCCCACCCUCCUCUACCACCACCCGCCGAUUACCCGACCUCGUCAUGGGCGGAAUGGAUGCGAUGAAUGAGCUACCAGAACUGGGCUUCAACGAGGGAGAUAUGGGUUAUGAUCUUGACUUUCCAAGCAUGAGUGUAUUCGACACAUCUGCUUUCGCCGAUCUGGCCAUGGGCUCGCAGCCCGACGCAGUCGGCCCGACCGACUUCACAGCCGUCAACCCUCAGGAGGAGAAUAUCGAGCGCUUGUGGAAGCUUCAUAGCACGCUCCUGGAACACGUAUAUCKGAUCGAAAGCCAGGUGACGGACCGAACCGAACCCUUCCCAAAUGGCUCAUCGGCCGACACGCACCCUCUCGGCUCGCGCUUGUCUGACGUUGCAAACACCCAGAGUGACCAUCCAAUGCACCAGGUGAUGCGCUGUUCACAAACCUUCCUCGAAAUCAUCCAAUCCUUCGUCUCCUCCUAUCGCCAGUCAGUCUGCAGCAUUCCACCGCCAGAUCGUGCUGCAACAGACUCAUCCCGGGAUUCGGACGACGAGGACCUCAUGUAUCAUGGCAAUCAUCGCCCAGUUUCAGCCCCAGCUCAGGACACCUCAUCCUGGUUCACACUACCUGCCCUAGACAAUCUGUCAACUGCAUCCCCUCCCGGCUCCGGCACAGGGCGAAAUCAAGCCUGGUCCCGAGGAGGCCAGGAGAAGAGCAGCAGCAACAGCCACCCCGACAAGAAACUGCGAAGACCGCAUCCAGCCCUCCCACCCGCCUGCCAGACUCAAUUCCCCAUCUGUCUAACUAUCAUGACCUGCCACGUGCUGCUCAUCCGCCUGUACCGCAGCGUUCUCACCGAUCUGUAUGCCUCCGUCCGGUCCUUCGUCGCGCGAUACACCCCGGCAGGCGAUCUGACCGGCCCACUAGCCGUCCUGGACAAUUUCUCGGGCUCCGCGCCCUUCUCUAACGUGCACUUGGACGGGUCGACGUUGAAACUAGACGGAGUACUGCAGAUCACAGUAGUCUUGCAGCUGAGCUGCGAUCUGCUCGAACGCAUCGACCGCGGCGUGGAGAUCCUGUUGACAGGUGCGGGGCAUAUUCUGUCCGCUCCGGGGACGUAUAUGUCUGUUCUGGAGGCUCUGGCGCUGCAGGAGGCCCGCAGUGGCCGCGGACCUGCCGUUCCGGACUGGACCGGUUCCACUGGGGGCCGUGCGGCUCGGUUGGUGCCGUUGCGGAUGCUCGUCAAGAAGAUCCGCAAGUGUAUUAAUGAUACCUGUCUGUAA